AUGGGCCGACACCGGGACGGUUCUGUCUCCGAGAGAGACGAGCUGGAAGAAGAUCGUAAAUCGAAAAGCAGAGCUCGGGGAAACGACGACGUGGAUUCUCCGGAUGCCGGUGACCGAAAGAGCGAUGGCAAACACAGAAGGAAAAGGUUAGCGGAGGACUCUUCUGAUUCGGAUUCCGGAAAGGAACGGAAGCGCAGGCGCAGCCGGAAACACAGUGGAAAGCGAGAGUCUCGAAAGCGUCGCAGCGACGAGUCGGAUUCAGAGUAUUCCGAUAGCGAGGAGUCCGAGUCAUCCGAGUCGCUCACUGAAGAAAGCGAGAGCGAGGAGGAACGGAAGAGGAGGAAGCGGAGGGAGAAGAGGAAGAGGAAGGAGAGGGAAGAAGAGAAGGAAAGGAAGAGAAGAAGAAAAGGAAAGAGAAGCGGAAGAAGGAGAAAGCAGAAAUUGGGAAGAGAGGUGCUGUUACUAAUCUAUGGGGGAAGUAUGGGAUUAUCAGAGAAACCGAUAUGUGGUAACUUACUCUAUCGUUCGAAUAAACGUCCUGAAUUCAGUGCAUGGUUAUCUGAAGUGAAGCAGGUGAACCUUGAAACUCUGCCGAACUGGGAAGAAAAGCAGAUGUUCAAGCAAUUUAUGGAGGACCACAAUACUGCUACCUUUCCUUCCAAGAAGUAUUAUGAUCUUGAUGCCUAUUACAAGCGCCAAAUGUUGAAGGAAUUGAAGAGCGGUAAAAAGGUCCAGGAAACUGAACGUACCAUGUUUAAUGAUGAAGAACUAAAGCGGCAAGAGCAGAUGCGUGAGCGAGAAAAACAGAAGGAAAAAGAAGUCGAAGCAUUAAAGCUAUCUAUGCAAAGCGGAAUGGCACAAGCCAUGAAAGACCAAGCACUGCUUCGGGAAGAGAUGGCAUAUCAGUAUAAGAUCGGCAACUACGAGGCUGCAGCAGCAAUUCAGCGGAAGCUGGAGCCAGAUCCCAUUUAAGGUACUCAUCAUUCCAUCCUUGCCGCCAAGAUGGAGGCAGAGAGUUAUUAGAACUAGAACUUAUAGAGUCUGAUUUAGUAAAGGGGAUGUAGAGCUACAUCUUAUUCCGGGAUGGGAUAAAAAGAUGAAUGAGAAAAACCCUACUUGUUUGAUGAUUUGAUGCUGUUGUUCAAAGCUCGAAUGCUCUCAUAUUAAACUCUACACAUUUUUGGUACUGUAGCCGAGUAACUGGAAAAACAGAUUGGAUAUAGAGAUUGCAGGUACUAUUCAUUUUCUUCCCCUGAAUCUGUAACUUUCCAACAAAGGAAUUGAAAUUUGAAACCACCAAAAUCCAGCAAAAAGAAUGUGACUAAACACUCACAGCACACAAGAUUUCAUGGACCCUAUUCGCGUCACUUAUUUGCAGACAAACAAGAAACGAAGAGAAGGGGAGCAAUAGUGGUAGCCUCAGUUGCGAUCAUCAUUUCUUCCCUUUGCUUCCUUUCUUCACCUCAACAACCUCAUCUUCGUCGUCGAGAAGAUCUUCGUCGUCGAGAUCAUCUUCGUCAAUGUCGUCAAAAUCCUCCUCAUCGUCGAGUAAACCCUCGAUGUCGGAGUCCUCAUCAUCAUCGUCCUCGCUCACCGGCUUCCUCCCUCGAGCCAACAGCGAGCCGUCCAGCUUCUUUCCGGAAGGGGUGAACCUCCAGCUCAGGAGCUUAAUGUCCCAAUCGACCGCGGCGGAGUCCAGGCGGGCAGCUCCGGCGGCGACGCCGAAGCUGUGGGAGGAUUGGUCUUGGGACAGGACGAUCUUCGUGCCUCUGUUGCCGCCUGCCGCCGCCCUCCUCAGUCUCGUCUGCGAGAGGAUAUUGGCUUCCACGGAGGACGACAACUCACAGGGCACGCCGCCGCGACGGAGGAUGAGAUGAAGCGGCGAUAGUUGGCCGCGGGAUUUCUGGAGUUGAAUCAGCUUGGUCGCCAUGGUGCCGGACCUGCUUUCUUUCUCUCUCUCUGUGGCUGACUUUGCUGUGUGUUUCAGUGGAGGCGAAUGGGAGGGUUUUGGGGAUUUGGUGCGUUUUAUAUAGCUCAGGGUUUAGGGUUUAAGCGAAGAAGACGUGUCAUAGCAGCAAAGAGUUAGCAAGUUGUUCGCCUUUUUUGGCCUAUUUUUUAAUUUGUUUUUUAAA